AUGGAACACAGGGAGCUUCUGGAGAAGGGGCAGAUAAUUGACGCUUCCACAUACUUUACCCAACUGGGAAAUUGGAAGAUCACGUUCUCACACGCAAAGGCGAACCAGACUAAGCUUGAGAAGUACGGAUGGCUGAUUGGCGCCCAGCUGCCCUACAGCCCUGACCUCGCUCCUUCCGACUACUGCUGCUUAGCCAUCUGCAGCGCUUUCUGGACGGAAAAAAAGUUGGAAACGGAAGACUAUAUCAGAAAAGCACUACGAAUUCUUCAAGUCCUAGCUCCCGUCCUUUUGGGAGGAGGAAUUGACAAGCUGCCUCAGCUUUGGCGACGAGUGGGAAACGUGGUCGCGUAUAAAUUCACCAGAGUUACAUUCGGUCUCAACACCUUGUCGCCUUUUCUCGUUCUAGCAACAGUUCGUUUUCAACUUCGCAACGCAGUAAGUGACAGGAGGCUAGAAAAUCGAGAGAUUUCCACAGAUAUGGGCAUGAACUUGCGAGUGUUCCUAUCCAAGGACAAAGCCAUGAACGAAGGGUUACCUCGAGAGUCACGUACAAGCUUAGAAUAUCAAAAAGUUUUAAGAAUACUUGAGAAAGAAAGGUGA